AUGAGACUCACGGAUAUUCCUGUAUUCUUCAUCGCUGCACCAAUAACCGCUCCUACACCAACAAUUGCUGUUUCUUCGGUGACAGCACCCAAUACUAUUAUUGCAGCUAUUUCUCAAGAUAAAGUGAGACAUCACGAUGAACACUUGGCGGAUGAAGAGAGGUACAAGAAGUAUUGUGAUAUUGUACGAAUUCCUGCUGCUGUAACAGCCAAGACACUAGUUUCGAGAUUAAAUGUCACUGGGCGUAGAAAUACCAACAGUAUCAUGGAACGAAAGGUUGUUUUAUCUGAUGUGAAAUACAAACACGAUUUAAAUUUAUCUGACUUCGUGGUUCAUCAUGCUGGAAUGUGA